CGGGCCCGGCCCGGGAUCUAGACGGCCGUGGGGGAGGGGAGCCGCCCUCCGCGGCGCCGCUCCGGAACCGCAGGGCACUCGAGGACGCGGUCGCCGGCCCCCCAAGGCCGUGCUGUUUUGUUUCAACCUCGCAUUGUGCAGAAGUGAAGUGAAGUAAAAUGUCCACUAGGACCCCGCUGCCAACGGUGAAUGAAAGAGACACUGAGAACCACACGUCACAUGGAGAUGGGCGGCAAGAAGUUACCUCUCGCACUGGGCGCUCUGGGGCUCGGUGUAGAAACUCUAUAGCUUCCUGUGCUGACGAACAGCCUCACAUCGGAAACUACAGACUGUUGAAAACAAUCGGCAAGGGGAAUUUUGCAAAAGUGAAAUUGGCAAGACACAUCCUUACAGGCAGAGAGGUUGCAAUAAAAAUAAUUGACAAAACUCAGUUGAAUCCAACAAGUCUACAAAAGGUCACCUGUUUUAAAAAUGACCCCUCCCUCAGUGGUCUAAGUCUUAGACACUGCCUGUGGUUCCUGCUCCUCUCCAUCUCUUUUCCUGGGAAUGCCUGUACCCAGUUUUUGGACUUCUUUCCUUCCCCGUCCCAUCAGCUCUUCAGAGAAGUAAGAAUAAUGAAGAUUUUAAAUCAUCCAAACAUAGUGAAGUUGUUCGAAGUCAUUGAAACUGACAAAACGCUCUACCUAAUCAUGGAGUAUGCAAGUGGAGGUGAAGUGUUUGACUAUUUGGUCGCACAUGGAAGAAUGAAGGAAAAAGAAGCAAGAGCUAAAUUUAGACAGCUAGAUUUUCUAUUUAAUUUGUGCAAGUCAUUUUUGUUAAUUUUUUUUUUUGGCUUAAUUUCUUUUAGAAACAUGUCAUUCAGGUUUAUCAAAAGGCUUCCAACUGAAUAUGAGAGGAACGGGAGAUAUGAGGGCUCAAGUCGCAACGUAUCUGCCGAGCAAAAGGAUGAAAACAAAGAAGCAAAACCUCGCUCCCUCCGCUUUACCUGGAGCAUGAAAACCACUAGUUCCAUGGAUCCCAAUGACAUGAUGCGGGAAAUCCGCAAAGUGCUGGAUGCCAAUAACUGCGACUAUGAGCAGAGAGAGCGCUUCUUACUCUUCUGUGUCCACGGUGACGGGCACGCAGAGAACCUCGUGCAGUGGGAGAUGGAGGUGUGCAAGCUGCCAAGACUGUCUCUGAACGGGGUCCGGUUUAAGCGGAUAUCAGGGACAUCCAUAGCUUUCAAAAAUAUUGCUUCCAAAAUUGCCAAUGAGCUAAAGCUGUAACCCAGUAAUUACGGUGUAAAUUAAGUAGCAAUUUAAAGUGUUUUCCUGAACACUGAUGGAAAUGUAUAGAAUAAUAUUUAGGUAAUAACGUCUGCAUCUUCUAAAUCAUGAUAUUAAAAUAUAAGGACGAGAGCACGCCUGGGAGCGGAAGCUGGCCUUUUUUCUACGAAUGCACUACAUUAAAGAUGUGUGACAUGCGUGCCCUCUGUCUUAUUUCCAUUGCCCUGAAAGCGUGUGACAUCAUCGCCAUGGGCCUCCUGUCUGUGUGGUGUGAGCGUGGACUGUGCGUGUGAAGUACUGCAUACGGAAGCAUCUCCUUACACUGGCAGCCAGAGUUGUUACGAGUACCUCUGUGGGAGAUCAUUUGGUGCUAAAACAUUAAAAUUGCCAAGGAGGAAAAUGUUGAAUUACUACUAAGAAUUAACUUUAAGACUAGUUGAUAAUUAAUACAGGUUUACAGUUCAUGCCUGUGGUUUUGUGUUUGUUGUUUUGUGUUUUUUUAGUGCAAAAGGUUUAAAUUUAUAGUUGUGAACAUUGCUUGUGUUUUUCUAAGUAGAUUCACAAGAUAAUUAAAAAUUCACUUUUUCUCAGUAAAA